GAAUUUCGAAUUUCGAUACAUUAUUCUCUUGUUUUUUCUACUUUUUGUUUUUGUUUUUUUUUUUUGCCCAACGUGAUUUCCACCAGCUGCUGUGUGUGUGUGCGUGUGUGCGAGUGUGGGAGAUUCCCAAAGAGGUCGUGUGGGCGCAAUGACCACCGAGGAUUAUCAAAAUAUUUGGCUUAAGCUAAAUGCAAUCAACACAACACAUAAAUUAACCGAUAUCACAAUUGAUCCAACAUCAACGACUGAUGAAAUCUCCUCUACAUCCCCGCAUCCGGAGGAGGAGGAGCAACACUUUGGCGCAGCUCUCCUGCUCUGGGUGAUCAUCAAUGCCAUCAUCUUGGUCUUCAUUUUGGGCGGCAACAUGCUCACAAUUGUUGCGGUUCGCACCUGUCGCAAUCUUCGCUCGGUUAUCUCCAAUUUAUUUAUCCUUUCGCUGGCCAUUUCCGAUUUUAUUGUCGGAGUAGCUCUACCUUAUCAUGUUGCCUUCUACAUGGGCAUGGGCUUCAAUCUUGGACGGUUACGUGGCUUAUGCCUGCUACGUUUCUUCCUCUUCAUCUACGCCUGCUGCGUCUCCAUCCUGACUCUCAUCUCCAUUGCCGUGGAUCGGUAUAUUGCGGUCAUGUAUGCCCUGCACUACAGACGUUAUAUGACACGUCGUGUGGCAUAUUUGAUCAUCACUUGUAACUGGUGUGUGGGCGCUUUGGUAGCACUGAUACCCAUCUUCUGGAACAAGUGGUCCGAGUCACAGGGCUGUGAGUUUGACGAGGUGCUGUUACCCUGGUACGUGGCAGGCAUAAUAACGCCUGGAUUCGUGAUCAUCUGGAUCUGUAUGCUGAUCUUCUACUGGCGCAUCAUGCGGGAGGCAUCCAAGCAGGCCCAAAGAUUGCGUCAAUCUGUCGUUUACAACACGCACAGCAGUCACAGCAUGCUGCAUCCGGACUGGAAGAGUGUACAGAUUGUGGUAUUCAUCAUGGGCUGUUUCACACUCUGUUGGCUGCCCUAUUUCAGUGUGGCAAUCGCCCAAUUGUUUAGGGUCUGUCGCAGCAACUCGAUGAUCUACAAGUCGGCCUUCUCGCUGGCCAUUGCCAACUCGGCCCUCAAUCCGAUCAUCUACUCAUGGAAGAAUGCCGGCUUUCGACGCGCCUUUGCCCAGACCCUCUGCUGCAAGUCCGCCAGCUGUUGUCGCGUCGAUCCCGAUGUCGAGUUGCAUCUGCCCUCGGAUUGCGUUAAGCAGCGCAUCGAUAGCAACAGCAGCUUUGGGGCAGCCACUACUAAGUCCACAAAACAUACUAAAUCUAUACAAAAUAUCUCAACUCCUUGCCAAGGAACGCAAUAAACAAUUGUAGAAAAAAAGACA